AUGGAUAUGGAGGAUGCGAGCGGCAGCUCGUCGUCUCCAGCCAUCCUACGGAACAAGUACUGGAUCCUCCGCCACGGCCGCAGCGUCCCCAACGAGCGCGGCCUCAUCGUCUCAUCUCUGGAGAACGGCACGAAGCCGGAGUUCGGGCUGGCCCCGCAGGGGGUCGAGCAGGCGCGCGCGGCCGGCGAACAGCUCCGGAAGGAGCUUGAGGAGAUUGGUGUGCCGGUGGAUUCUGUCAAGAUUCGUUACUCGCCGUUCUCACGGACCACCGAGACGGCUAGAGUGGUCGCCACUGUGCUUGGCAUCCCCUUUGAGGGUCCUAGUUGCGAAGCAGUGCUGGGGCUUCGUGAGCGCUACUUUGGGCCAUCAUAUGAGUUACUUUCACAUGAUAAGUAUGCAGACAUAUGGUCAGUAGAUGAAGUACAUCCCUAUACGGCUCCUGAAGGUGGCGAGAGUGUCGCAGAUGUUGCUAGUAGAUUUUCAGCUGUGCUGUCAUCUACAGAGACAGAGUUUCAUGGCUCUACAAUUCUUAUUGUCAGCCAUGGUGACCCACUGCAAAUCUUUCAAGCUGUCCUUAGUGGAGCCAAGGAGAACUUGUCUUUCCUCGACAAUCUGACCAACCUGAAAGUGAAAGACACGAUGGUGGCAUCCAUUCUGUCACAGCAUCGUAAGUUUGCACUCAUCACUGGAGAGCUGCGCCAAGUUGUGUAA